CCCGCUUGUAAACAAAGCAGAGGCCGCGUCACAGAGGUUGGGGAUUUUGACCAAUUUGAGGGGAAAGUAUUGGAUUUGGGAGGUCGUCAUUACUCAUGCCAAUAAUAUAGAAAUACUAAACAUGGAUGGAGAGGAUACCAAACAGUUAAAUGCCGAGGUACCAGAGGGAGUCAACCUUGGGAAUAAUGAACAGCUGACUACCAGUACUCCUCAGCUGCAUGGCACAGAUAAUAUUGUAGCACCACCAGGAUUGGAUUCUUCAUCCAGUACCACAACAACCUCAGAUGGAAGUUUUAGUGGAAGCUCGAACUCUCAACCUGAAAUGCCAUCAGUGAAUGUGGCUAUAGAUGAUGAUAAGAAAAGGCCUGAGUCUUGCCCUCCUCAGGGUAGCAUGGAUUCCUCCAUAAAAGAGACAUUCCAACCAGUUGCUGACAAACUUGCAGCUUUACCCAUUCAGCGUUCAAAUGAGGGCCUUUCCUCAUUGGUGUCUUAUUCCUCAUCCUCGGCAGAAGCCUCAGCCUCAGAGGACAAUGCUCAAGAAGAUCUGGAUGAAAACAGUCUGCCAGAGUUGCCAGAAUCCUACAAAGAAACCCAGCAAGAGGAUCCCAAGACUGAAACUGAACCUAUUGUGGAGGAAACAAAACCUGUAAAAGAGCUUGAAGAACCAAUGGAAGUGGAGCCUCCCGAAGCUCCAGAAGUGCCAGAAAUCCAAGAAACUGAUUCAGUACCUAUUGCUCCUGAAGUCCAGCAGGCAACAGAGGCUGAGGAAAAGGAGACUUCGGAACUAGAAGCCUUAGCUGAAGAAAUCCGGAGUCAAGAAUCACCAGAGGAGCAGGCUGCAAUUGAGGAGAAGGAAAAUUCUCCAAUACCUGAACUUCCUGAUGAACCAGAGUCUAUGGAACUUGAAGAGGACAAGUCUUCAGAAUUGUCAGAAGUUAUCCAAGAUACAAAAGCCCAGAUUAUAGAGCAAGAGCCAACACCAGAACCUGAUGAGAAAGAACCAGAGGAAGUCCGUAAUGACCCAGCUUUUGAUAAUGAGGAGAAGGCUAUCCCAUCGGAAGAAUACCAGGAAGAGAUGCCAUGCGUAGAAUCAGAAGAUAAAACAGUCGUACAUGAAGAGAAUGUGAAAUCACCAGUGGAAGAAGAUGGGGAAACCUGCACACUAAAACUGAGUAGUGAUGAGAGCACAGGACUGACAGAGGCUGAGUUUAAGGAGAAAGCUCAAGAGGAAAAAAAAGAUGAUCUAGAGGGUAUGGAAUCCUCUGGAAGUGAAACCAAUGCCCUGGUGGAGACCAAGGAGAUGACUGUCCCAGAAGGGGAGGAUGAAAAUACCUUUGGAGUCAAAUUAAAGAGGGCCCUGGAUGAAGAAAUUGAAAGUGCUGAAGAACCAGUUAGCAAGAGAGUGUGCAUGGAAGAGAUGCCAGUGAACAGUGCUUCCUUUGAGGGAAAGAUUCUUGAAAGGCAAAACACACUACCCUUUGAACCUGAAACAGAAGGGGGAGCCACUGUUGAGGACCAGUUAAUGGAUGAUUUGGCAUCCGAAGACAAAAAAGAUGAUACAAUACAAAAGAGUGAUGAGGAAAGCAAUGAUAUGUCUAUUGGAGAGAAAAUGAAGGAAAUUCAAGAGGAAAAAUUGGACAGUAAAGAGAAGAUAAUGAAAGAAGAAGAGGAGGAGAUUGUAACACCAUCAACUAGGAGGAAGCGAAAGAAGAGGUCAUAUGAACGUCCACGAGGUGAAGGAGGAAAAUUCAGGAAAGAGAAACCAGGUUUAUACAAAACAGAUCCAUCAGUGUUGGAUGAGGAUACUAGGAUGGACAGUAACCUUCCCCAGGAUGAGGAUUCACAGGGAUCUAUGUCAAAGAGGGAAGUUCGCAGAUUCCGCUGUGAAGUCAUUGUUCCAGAAAGCACUGAAGCUUUCACAGCAGAAAAGGUUGUAGAGUAUGUAUGGCCCUUGGAAGGAUUAGGAGAACAUUAUUUCAUUCAGGAGCAGAUUUCUCAAUAUUUGGGAAUAAUGUCCUUCAAGCGCAAAUAUCCGGACUUGCGCAGACGACCCAUAGACAUGCAGGAACGUGAUUACCUGAAAGAGAAAGGCUUGGUGUCAGAAAUGGCAUGUGAUUUGGGCCUGACUGCAGUAAGAAGUGAAGAUGUUUUGGAUGUUAUGUUUAACGAUUUUCCUUCUAAGUUUGAUGAAUUGCAGCGCCUCUUGCGAGAACGCAAGGAGAAUGAGAUGAAAGAGAGAGGAAAAGUAAACUACUCCAUGGCCAACAUAGACAAAUCUAAAAUGCAGGAGUAUGGAAGGAAAGCAGCUGCUGAUGCUGCUAGAUGGAAUGCAGCAUUCAACAAAGAGAAGAGAGAUGAACGCAGAUAUAGUUUUGACCUUCAGACAUUCUCUCUGCAAAAGCCAUCCAGCAAGGGAAAGAAGCUUCCACCUGAGUAUACCAAGAUUGGAUAUUAUCCUGUAGCUGUUUUACCUGGACAGUUCACAGAUUACUUUAGAGAGUACACCUCAGCGGCACUGAGUUCUUUGCCCUUAAACUCAGUCAUGGCACCUCCCAUUACCCGAGAUCCUUUGGGCUCUGAUGGUGCUGGGUCAGACUCUGAAGAAGAAACUACUGUACCAACAUACCACAUAUACUGUGUAGGCCUACGUCGUGUACCAAAUGGACGUUGGCACUGCAAAGAAUGUGCCAUUUGUUCGUCCUGUGGGUCAAAGACACCAGCUGGUAAUGAGCAUGCUAAAAAUGCUGAGUGGCAGCAUGAGUUUAAAAAGGACAAAGAUAAUAAACAACUGAAAUAUGCUACAACACUGUGCGUUCCUUGUGACAAGUAUUGGAAAAGGCGUCAGUUCUGUUAUGUGUGCCUAAAGGUGUACAGAAGCAUACCUGAAGAUGGUAUGGUACGCUGCUCAAACUGCCCAAAGUAUAUUCACCGUGAAGGCUGCUCUACUAUGUAUGAAAAUGAACGCUUUUGCAACAACUGCUUUAAGAUGCGUAAUACAACGGCACUGAAUCACUCAAGAAUCAUCGCUGCUGCUAAAAAGAAGAUGGCAUCAGGAUAUUAGAAGAGAGGGAUUUUUUGUAUACAUUUCCAAGUGUUAUUCAUAAUUGUGUGUUUGUCAAUAUAAGAAACUCAAAUUCUGUAUGUAUUAUCAUUUGUGAAUGUAAUGACCAAUAACUUAAAGUUGCAUUGAAUUUUAUUAUAUUAUAAUUGUGAAGAGAUAAACAAGAAUUUCCAUAUGCUUCCCUUAUAGUGUUAUGAAUAUAUUGAGUGGUGUGGCUAGACAUUUAGGGGCUCAGGGGAUAGGGCUCUGAAGGAGCUCCCUGUAUUUCUUAGCUAUGACAAGAAAUGUACCUGACAAAAUAAAAACAUUAAGUUUAAAAAGUUAUCAGGUAUCAUUUGGGUGCUUCCCUCCCCCAUUAUGGGCCCCCUCCUCCAGCUAUACUACUAAAUAUAUUAUUUAAUGUGCAGUACUAACAAGAUUUGUUCUGUUGGUGUAAAGUAAAUAAGGUAGGCAUGAUUAUAGCUUCCACGUAAGAAUUAAUGUUUUACAAUCGUUUGAUCAGGGAUUCAGUCUUUUCAGUUGAUCCCAUAAUGAAAUUUAAAAUUUUUCAUUGACCCCCAGUCAGAAUUUAAUUGAAAAUUACAAGUUAUACAUUUGUUUUGUGAACUGAAUGUAUAUUAUUAUAAAACUAAAUAAAGAACUCUUAUUCUAAUGUUGCGGCGGUGUGAAAGGUGUAAGAUAUACAGAAUGAGGAUGGGAAAAGUAAAAGUUACUAUAAUUAGCAACAAUAGAUGAUUCCAGCCUUUUUUACAAGUCCUGGCCUUGCUACUCAGACACUCUUUGGAUCCCCUAGCCAUUUGUUCAUGCCCACUUGGUUAGUCAUGCACCCCUUGGAUGGUGCCACAAAUCCCUGGGGAUCAAGCAUUAACCAUUUUGAGAACACCUGGUAACCUUUCAAAGUCAGACUCAGUGAAUGAAUAAUAGUUAUGUUACUUCGGCUGAAAUUUUAUAGUAGUGUAGGGUACCACAUGAUGGAAAGAGUAAAUGAGUAUAUAAGAGGAUGAAUUUUAUACAUUAUAUUUUGCUCUUCGGAGUAAUGUAGAAAGUAGCCAAAAUUUGUGACUUCUAUUAGUUUAGAGGAAAGGCAAUAUUGAUGUAACAUUUUAACUUACAGAGGUGAUUUUAUGUUUCUAUAUAUUUUUUUAUCCAGUGAAAAAUACAUGUGUGGUAUUUUUUUCAGUUUAGUCUGUCUGAUGCAUUGUAAGAAAAAAAAAAUCAUUAAAUUAUUUAUCUCUA